UCACAGGUCUGUUCACACCAUCAAGGUUGCACUGACGAGGAAAACUGUGAUCGGAUACUGAACCUUCUUCAGUCUUCAGUCUUCAGUCAGCCUUUCAACGUUCGAGAUGACUGGGAGAUCUUACGUGUUCCUGCUAGCAGUCCUGGUAGCUGUCAUGUUCUCUAUGGCCGUAGCAGAUAAGGUCUCCAUACCAACAUGUGACGUCACAGGAUGUGAUCCUGGCACUUGCUGCAGUAACGAUGGAAGCUGUGUCACAACAGAAGGAAUCGCCUGUGAGAACUACGCUUGUGGUGAAGGAGAGGAAUGUUACCUUACAAACACUUGUCCUCCAGAAAGGAUGUGCAGACCUUUCCCGAACUGUUCCACGAUCUUAUGUAUCGAAGAAACUACCUGCAUUAACAAUGAGUGUAUCCCAAUAACAUGCAAAGAUACCACCUGCAAACCUGAAGAGGUUUGUUACAUAAAACCAGGCAAUAGCACGUACCCUACAACUGCAGCAUGCAGGCCUAGAAGAACCUGUGCUGAAGUCCGGUGUCCGAAGGGGACGAGAUGCUUGAACGGCGAGUGCGUCCCUUGUGAAGGUCAUAACUGACGAGAGUGUAAAUGUGCCAAAACACCCUGAAAAGUCUAUAAAUACAUAUUCUCAGCAAUG